AUGGCUAAUAACGUCCACAUGAGCGGGCUGCUGAGCCGCCAUGACGAUGAAGCCACGAGGACUUCGACUUCGGAGGGCUUGGAGGAGGGUGAGGUGGAAGGGGAAACCCUCCUGAUUGUAGAGUCUGAGGACCAGGCCUCGGUGGAUUUAUCCCAUGACCAGAGUGGAGACUCACUGAACAGUGAUGAAGGUGAUGCAUCCUGGAUGGAGGAGAUGUCCUACUACUGCGAGAAGUGCCAGAAGUGGAUUCCAGCAAGUCAACUGAGAGAACAGCUCAGCUAUCUCAAAGGAGAUAACUUUUUCAGAUUUACUUGCUCAGAUUGCUCAGAAGAUGGGAAAGAACAAUUUGAGCGGCUGAGAUUAACUUGGCAACAAGUUGUCAUGCUGGCAAUGUACAAUUUGUCUCUGGAAGGAACUGGCCGUCAGGGGUACUUCAGAUGGAAAGAAGAUAUUUGUGCUUUUAUUGAGAAACACUGGACUUUCUUAUUAGGAAACAGGAAAAAGACCUCGACAUGGUGGAGCACAGUUGCUGGCUGUCUCUCUGUGGGGAGCCCCUUGUAUUUCCGCUCAGGAGCCCAGGAAUUUGGAGAACCAGGGUGGUGGAAACUGGUUCAUAAUAAACCCCCCACAAUGAAACCUGAAGGGGAAAAGCUGUCUGCAUCCACACUAAAGGCGAAAGCAGCUUCAAAGCCACCUCUGGAUCCCAUCAUUACUGUGGAAGGUCUGAGGAAACGGGUAAGCCGCAAUCCAGUUGAAUCGGCCAUGGAGCUGAAGGAGAAGAGGUCUCGCACUCAGGAAGCCAAGGAUAUUCGGAGAGCCCAGAAGGAGGCAGCCGGCUUCCUGGACCGUAGCACUUCCUCCACUCCUGUUAAAUUCUCCAGUCGAGGCCGUCGUCCCGAUAUUGUCCUUGAGAAAGGAGAGGUGAUUGACUUUUCUUCUUUGAGCUCUUCAGAUCGCACUCCUCUGACAAGCCCUUCUCCUUCCCCAUCUCUGGACUUCUCUGCUCCUGGCACGCCAGCCUCACAUUCAGCUACUCCUAGCCUUCUCUCAGAAGCAGAUCUCAUCCCUGAUGUCAUGCCACCACAGGCCCUGUUUCAUGAUGAUGAGGAGAUGGAAGGAGAUGGAGUCAUAGACCCGGGAAUAGAGUAUGUGCCUCCCCCAAGUGGGACUGCUGGUGCUGGAACCAUGAUAGCAAGUAGAAAAAAAGUGAAGACAGCUGAGCAGAUCAAGCAAGAAGUGGAGAGUGAAGAAGAAAAAACAGAAAGGAUGGAAGGUGACAGUGAAGAUCCUGAAGAGUCAAACACGCCUCUGCAGUUGAGGGGAAGAGACAAGAGGAAACCACAGCUGGAGAAGGAUGCCAAGCCCAGAGCUCCCAAGCAUACCUCUGUUAGCAUCUAUGAGGAGAAGCUGCUGCUGAAGAGACUGGAAGCCUGUCCCAAUGCCCUGAGCAUGACCCCAGAGGCCCGGAGACUGAGGCGCAAGCUGAUAGUCAGGCAAGCCAAGAGGGAAAGGGGGCUACCGCUUUUUGACUUGGACCAGGUCGUGAAUGCUGCACUGCUCUUGGUUGAUGGGAUUUAUGGAGCCAAAGAAGGUGUUUCCAGGUCCCCAGUAGGGCAAGCGACCUACAGAACUACAAGUCAAGACUUCAGGAUCUUGGACAGAUACCAAACUGUGCUGCCUGCCAUGAAGGGAUAUCGACAGCAGACAACAAAGUUCCUGUAUCGACUGGUAGGGUCAGAAGACCUGCUUCCAGACCACAGCGUUGUCAGUCCUUACACAUCUCGUGUCCUGAAACCGUACAUCAGGCGUGAUUAUGAGACAAAGCCCCCCAAACUGAAGCUGCUGGCAGAAAUCUGGGCGUAUCCACACAGGAAUGAUCUCAGCUGGAAGGCUGAGCCAGAAGCACCCAUUGAUUACUGCUACGUUCGCCCUAAUCACAUCCCUACUAUAAACUCUAUGUGCCACGAAUUCUUCUGGCCUGGAAUUGAUUUGUCAGAAUGCCUACAGUAUCCAGACUUCAGUGUUGUUGUCCUUUACAAAAAAGUUAUCAUUGCCUUUGGCUUUAUGGUGCCAGAUGUGAAAUACAAUGAAGCUUACAUCUCUUUUCUGUUUGUUCACCCUGAGUGGAGAAGAGCUGGAAUUGCAACCUUCAUGAUUUAUCAUCUUAUCCAGACCUGCAUGGGCAAAGAUGUAACCCUUCACGUCUCUGCAAGCAACCCCGCCAUGCUGCUCUACCAAAAAUUUGGAUUUAAGACUGAAGAAUACAUUUUGGAUUUUUAUGACAAAUAUUAUCCCUUGGACAGUAAGGAGUGCAAGCAUGCAUUCUUUCUCAGACUGCGGCGCUGAUCUACCAGAGCCACUGGGGGAUCUGUGAAAAGCCCAGCCUGUCGAGCAAGGUAUUUCUGUGGCUUUCAGCAGAGGAUGCUGGCUGUCACGUGAGAGCUGGAACGCACAUUGGCCUUUUUCGAUAGGACUUCUAAUAUCAACAGUGCUAUGUUGUGUGCUGCAAGUGCAAUCCAAGAGGAUUGAUUCACACUCUCUGAGGGACAGGCCCAGAAAUGCCAACAGAAACAUGCUGAAGCCACUGAAAGACAGAGAUUCUUAUGCAGUUUUCCUGAGACUUUGGAGAAAAAGGGAAGAAAAAAAAAAACCCCAAAAAACAAAAACACCAGAACUUGUCAC